AUGCCCGUCGCCAGCAUCAACUACCGAUGGCGGCCGGGCUACCUUCCCGUCGGCAAAGACAACGCCUCAGUGCCCAUGUUUUGGCCGACUCCAAUCCACGACGCGGCGUUUGCCUACGCCUGGCUCGUGGAGAACCUGGCGCCGCCGAAGAACGGUCGGCGUAACAUCUACGUCUACGGGUCUUACCUCGGCGCCGGCCUUGCCAUGUCCUUGUCCCUUACCGAGACGCACGCUCACUCGCGCUUCGGCAUUCGAGGCGUUGCGGCGUACAACGGCAUCUACAACUGGACAAUGUUUUUGCCCGACCACCGGAUCAACAAGCCGCCUAAACGCGGGCGGAUAGGAGCGCGCGUCACGCAGGAGCUGACAGAGGAAUCUCAUAUCCAGCAUUUACGAGAAGCAAUGCCCGACUUGUUUGACAGCCCGUCGAAUCUCUUCGAUCCGUUUGCUAGCCCGAGUCUGUUCUUUCACAGCCCUGGACUGCACGUUCCGCCGUCCUUUACCAUGUCCAUGGACGAUUUAGCAGCAAUAGACACCAUGACAUCCGACGAUGACGAGCCAAUGAUCCCGAUCAAAACACCACGAAAGUCACACCUCAUAUACCCCCCACGCCAGUCGACACUCAAGAUACCCCAAACACUUCUUCUCUACGAUUCUCAGCCGCAGACGACACCAUCAACCACCAAAUCAGGACGACCGAAGAAGAGAGCCAAGGCGCCCGGCAACUCGUUUGAGUCUCAGGCCUACGAGCUGGUAGAGCUGAUGCGGCGCAGCAUAGACGUCGUCGAGCUGAAGGAGCGCAGCAAAUGGGACGAGGACGUGCAAGACAAGGAGCACGAAAAGUACCGGAGGGUCCAGGUCGUCCACGCCGGGCCAGAGACGGAGGCGACCGAGCUCGGCACAGGCGGGCAACAGAUGGUGUCAGCCUGGCUGCGGGAUAAACUGUGA